UGGUCUAAAGCUACUGCAGGUCAACAUAUUCAGUGCAAGAGGCGGCGCAACAUGGGCUGAGCCUAUUUACAGCGAAGAUGAGCAGAGGACUGUGCUGUUUCAGUGGUCGUGAUUCCAUCGAUGAGGAGCCGUUUCACUCCCACACCGUCAUGGUGACACGUGGAUUUUUGUGGGGAAGGGCACCCACCGAACACCCGGCGGAUUAACCUGUCUUCUGGUGGGAGUGCGUCCAGGACUGUUGCGUUUUCAUUCCCACUCCACGUCUUAGCGAUGCUCUCAUUAAAGGAAACUGGUUUGGCACAGACAUCCGGAAAACGCAUCCAUGCGCCACGGCAACUCCGCAUCACGAUAUGCCUGUGACAAUACAGAGCUCGGAUUUAAGGAGCUCCGGUAAGAAACCACACAUGCAGAUCGGCAUGGGUGCGUCAACACGGUUAUUUCCCCGUAUUUUGCCGAUGGGGCUUUGGAGCGCAGCUGUGCAAUGAGACAAUUGGGAAUUAUCAAGUAGACUUUAUUGAUACAUAAUCCGACAAUAUGGCUGAUCAGAGCAACAUCCAGUCCGCCGCUUCCAAGAGUAUCCGGCCCUUUAAAUCCAGUGAAGAAUACCUGUACGCAAUGAAGGAGGAUCUGGCGGAAUGGCUCAACACUCUGUACGACCUGGACAUCACUGCGGACACCUUUAUGGAUGGGCUGGGGACGGGCUGCGCCCUGUGUCGGCACGCCAACAACGUCAACCGCGCUGCGCAAGACUUCCAGCUGGAAUACCCGGAGGCUGCACAGUCCAUGAAGGUGCCAUCUAAAGAUGUGGUCUUUCAAUCGCGCAAUGUUGUCCCCGGCUCGUUCCUGGCGCGAGAUAAUGUGUCCAAUUUCAUCAGCUGGUGCAGACAGGAGCUCUGGAUCAAGGAUGUCCUCAUGUUUGAAACCAACGACUUGGUGGAGAGAUGCAACGAGAAGAAUUUUGUUCUGUGUCUCCUUGAGGUGGCGCGACGGGGGGCCAAGUUUGGCAUGUUGGCCCCCAUGCUGAUCCAACUGGAGGAGGAGAUAGAAGAGGAGAUCCGGGACCAGGAGGAGAGUCUGCGGAUCGAUACUGGGGAGCCGGCUGAGCAGAGCCCCCCCAGCAGGUGUUUCAGUCGCAAAGAGAGCACUCAUAGUGUGGAGGAUGAACCUGAUCCAGAACCCUUCAUCUGGCAGCAGAAAAGAGUUUUAUGUGACAUGCGAAAUUUGGAUGAGUUGGUGCGUGAGAUCCUUGGUCGGUGUUCCUGUCCUGCUCAGUUUCCCAUGAUCAAAGUGUCAGAGGGGAAGUACAAAGUGGGAGACUCCAGUGCAUUAAUCUUCAUAAGGGUCCUUCGUACUCAUGUGAUGGUGCGUGUCGGAGGGGGCUGGGACACAUUAGAGCACUAUUUGGAUAAACAUGACCCUUGUCGCUGUGCAGCUUUUGCUCACCGCUACCACCAGGCCAAAGCCAGUGGCCAAAGUCAGGGCGCUCAAAGCAAAUCUUCGAGUGCACACUCUUCUCGCUCUACUAGCCCAGGUCCACACUGGCGAAAUGAUGGCAUUGCACCUUAUAAACCUCCUGACAGACGCAACGUAGAGCCACCAUCAGCUCCAUGUGCCUCCAGCCGACCUGGUCGCUCUCAGAACUCCUCUGUUCCCACUGAGGUCGACAGUGGCAUGGCACGCAAUCUACUCCCACGGCCGCCACGGGAUCGCUCAGAACCCCGUCACUUUAAUCCUCUCAGGAAUAAGGAGACAAUGUUGCCAGUGACAAGGCGUUUGUCUGGUGACAGUGACUCCUCCACAGCUUCCUCUAAGGGAGGAGGAGGAGGAGGAGGAGGAGGGGGGCGAUACUCGCUUAGUGGCACCUCAAGGCGCUCUGGUGAAGAGGUGAUCCUACUUGUCAACCGCAAAGAGGGGAAACAUGUGAUUGAGAGGCCUGGAGCUGGAAAUCAGAGCUCAUCUCUGCGUCCAUCUCCUCGUGCACGCAGCCAUUCUCGGGAACGCCCUGCACUUGCUCCAUUACUCAAACCUAAUCCACCACAAGGUUCGUCUGAGGGGGCACGAACACCACGCACAGAGAGGGGACGAUCCCUUGGAAAUGAAGGCCCGAGGAGGCUUCAUGCUCCACGGUCACACAGUCAGAGUAAGUUGCCCAGCCGUACUAGAUCCAGCGAUGCAAGCCCAGGGCCUGCCUCCCGCUUCAGAGAUCCUCAGCCCCCGUCUUCAGACAAACGAGAUGAUCUUCGGGCCAAGCAAGUACCACCAUCGUCUCCUAGAAUGGGUGGGCUUACCAAGAGGCAACCAUCCUCAUGCUCUAACUCGCCUCUCAAAGGGAUUCAGAGCAACAGCAGCAGUCCAAGUAAGAAGACUGUAACGACUCCAAGGCCUCCUGCUCCUCGCUCCCCUUCCAUCGGAAAAGGUAGACUACUACCACCAGUCACAUCAGGAGGCCGACGUUCACCACACUCAUCCCCCCGCAAUCAUCAUGGCCCACGGUCCCCUCGGACUUCACAUGGCCCUCGCACAGCUGGGCGAGGCCACCAUAGGAACUGGUCUGGUCAGGACCGUCAGGAGCCAGAGGAGGAUGGACCAGGCUUCGGCUUCCAGAUGCUGCCAACGCUUGACCCCCAGAAGGAGCAGGAUUUGUAUCGCAGCUUUGAGGUGGAGUUCUUGGCUAAUACACAGCAGGCAAGGGGAGUGUCCAGUCGAGCUGCAGGAGGAGUGACCCGGCAGGGAGCAGUGACUCAGUUAAUGACAGUGGUUGCAGAUCCUAAUGUUACUGACUCAGCCUAUUCCUCCUCAAACUCCUCUAGCUCCUCCCUGAACGUGGGGGCAAAGAUCGGAACUUUGCCUGACCUCAGGGAAUCCAAGAGAAAUCCACGUCACUUUCCACUGGAUGACCCCUUGAAUUUACUUUAUGGACACAAUUUUGGAGGACCACACAACUUUGUUCAAGGAGAGUCUGAACACUGGGGGGAGAGAGCAGGAGGUCUGAAGAAGCUCCCAGCCAUCUCUAGUUCCAUUGAGGAGAAGGAACAUCUUUCUUCUUCUCUGCCUGACUCAAACUUUGACAGAUUAAUAAAUCAAGUCCCUUUACAAUCUGCUUCCCACUGUAGGAAUAUGAAUGGAGACCAUGGAGGUUGUCCUCCUACAGGGGAGCUAACAGACUGCCAGGGUCAGCUCAGUUGGGGAACAGGACCUGAAGGAGACAUUCCUCUGCAAAAUCACCAGCCAGACUUACCCUAUGAUGUUGAAAAUGGUGAUGGCCUCCCACCUCCAGAGGCCUGCCCCUCACCAAUUUCUUUACCCCCCUCAGAGGACUGCUCCUUCCAGGAUUCUUCAAGUGAAAACUCCUCUAUGUGCUUUAGCCUGAGUGAAUCCCACUCUGAGACUCCACCACCGUCUUCACCUCUGGCCAAUGGAGACACAGAUGGAGAAAUGUUGCAAUCUAGGAAAGAACACAAGAAGACUGACAGGGUAUCCCUCAUUGGUAAGCACAAGUUGAGACCCAGGAUGAGACCUCGCACUGACAAUAGACCAGAAAACAGCCCUUCACGUAUUCCCACACCAGUCAGCUACAGAGAUCUACAGGCUCAUGACACGCUCUCCCCGUCCCACACCCCACCAUUGUCUCCUCAGAGCUCCCACCCUACUAGUCGUUCAGCCUCCUGCAAGAGUUUGCACCAGGCCUUUGCAGACAUGAUCCAUCCUCACCCAUGUUCUCCAGCCAUGGGCAACAAAGAUUGCUCCUACCCUGGACAGUCAGGGAGCCUUGACACUGAAGCUUGGAUGUAGCACAAAACCAGAGGCAUUGUUGUCAUGAACUGAUUACUGACUACUGUGUAAAAAAGACUUCAAACUGGGCUAUAGACUGUUUUCACUGCAUGUCAAACACUUUUUAAACAUAGUUUGUCCUGUGAAUAACUGCAGGGGGUUCACAUUGCUUUUUGUUUUGCACUCAAGCCAAAUUAUUUAUUAUUACCAAAGGAAUGGUUUUUAAUAUUACUUUUACUUUAAUUUCAAUGUGUGCAUGGGGAUGCUUUUGCCAAUCAUAUGGUGUUUUUUUGCAAGACUCUAGUUAAAUUCUCAUGGUUGAUACAAAAACAGAGAGAUAGAGAGAGAGCAUAUGUGCUGUCAUGUGCCCGCUCAGGGGCAUGGUAAAGUGCCAGGAUUUUAAGCUGCAUCGCUAAAAACAGUGUAAACACUAAACCUGAGUCAGAUGGAUUGGCUCCCUCUUGUGGUCUACCACAUCAUCUCUGCUUGCCUUGUUAGUCAAAAUACUGGUAACAUUCAUUUUCUGUCUCCCCACAUCAGUGGGCAUCAUAUAUAGGGGUUUUUGCUCACUAUACUAUACUAUAUUUACAAUAUACUAAUAGGUUAAAUAGACACAUUCAGUGUUGGUCUGAAUUUAUGAACUCUACAUCCACAUUCAGUAUCUGUAUAGUUGUCCUCUGUUAUUAGUGUAAGAUGUCACUUUUUCAAAACAAACACUAGAUGUUUAAAGAGAUUUGUUUUUAAGUGUUUAAUGUGUUGCAGUUUUCCACUUUAUAUUUAAAGCAGUAAAACAUUUUAGUGUACUACAGUGUAAAAAAAAAUAUGAGGAACAGUUAAAGUAAUAUUACUUUGUGUCAUUGUCACUGAAACAGAAAUGUUAAGAGUUCUUCCUCUGACCAAACUCUACUCUGGAAUACAACUAAAUGUCUACAUGUAUAAGUUUAAGAGAGUGAAUGUGUAAAUACACGGUGAUGUGCUCAAUGAGAGAUGUGGGUAUUUUGUACAUAAAAAGGCAUUGGUACAAUAUUAUGUACAUAUUCACUGUAUUAGGUUCUGUGCUGCCUUAGCUAUGCAACAUUGGUGUUGGAAAUGCCUUGAAAAUCCCCUUUGCCUUAAAAUGUAUUAGCAGGAUAGUUUUGAAUGUUUUUGCUCUUUGUCAUUAAGAUUCAUUUAGUAACACUACAAUGCCAUCAAACAAUUGAUGAAAAUAGAAAAUGGAGUUUGAGUGUGAAUGUGAAUGUGAGGGGAAAAAAGUGAGAAUCAUUGCCAAUUUUUCUUAUUUAAAUUACACUUGAUGUAGAUGUACAAUUCUUGAAAAAAAUCAUUUUUAUUUAUUGCCUGUGUGCUGUUAGUUGUGUUGAAAUACAACAAACCAGAUAACCUACUUUGCAGAUGGAUUUCAAAGGCAAAGCACAAAGUGGGAUGACAUCUAGUGGUGGAAGAAAAAAACAUUUUAUUCACAGUAAAAUGUCAUAUUGCUUUUUUUUUUUUGGCACAGUACCUUUUUCUGAAGCCAAUCAGAGCCAACAACAAUGGUAUAGAGAAUGACUUUGAUGGACAAAAAAUGACUGUGACUUGAGUGCCCACAUGUGUGCAAUAGUGCAUGAAUAAUAGAUACUGUAACUGGAUAUUAAGGUUCUCUUGUGGAGUUCUUGCACAGUUUCAGUCCAGGUUCCAGCAACACUACAUCUGCUUGGGCAAUUAAUACAUGGACUUUGUAAAAUACAUAUAUUUGGAAUUAAGGAUGUGGGAAUUGUGGGGUCAGUGCUCUGUAAAGUCCCUUCAGAAAUGUUUUGUCAGUAAGAAAUAUUGCCAAAUUGCUUUUAUGCAGUUUUAGGUAAAUGUAUUUUGCAGUGCACUGACAUGGUGGGAGUGUACAUAUAUUUCUGUGUACAUACUAUGUGAGAAAAUUAACAGAAGUGGAGUAAAGGGUCAAGUGAUGUUGGUUGUAUUUAUUUAUUUAUGAAAUUACAUUUCACUGGGCUCAAAUGACAUCUGUGUCCUGAGUGCUUUAUGUGAACUAUGCGUGUUAAGGGAAAUAAGUUGAAAUGGAGUCCAACAUGUACAAACAUCAUGCAUUUCAUUUUUGUCUUACUUCAUUAGUACACCUUGAACGGAAGUCUUGUAUGAGAACAGAAGUGACUCUUAUUAAAAAUAUACCAUUUUGCAAAAUUAAUAAAUAAGGUAAUUCAAUGCUGACUCAUCCUCACUGUUACAAAUAAUUGAUUCAUUUUGUUGCUACAUAUAGGCAGUGUGUCUCUAAUUAUUAAUGUCACCCAUAUGAACAGAUUGUAUCAAAUAUUUUUUUAACCAGUUUAUUUCGGCUUAUUCUAACACACAUAUUCAGACAAACUGGCAUUUGGAAAAAUGAUACCAGUAAUGUGAACUGUGACUUCAUAAAAACAUAAUCAGUCUCUAAAUGUGAUCUUUGUGCUGCACAACUUUGCAAAUUUAAUAAAACUCUCUCUCCUUCUCUCUACCCCGAUCAGCAAAAUUUGAAUGUUUAUGAUCAGACAAUGUUGUUUGCUAAUGUUCUUUUCACUAAACUUAAGUUAAAUGUACAGAUUGCUUGACAUUGUGGAAUUUGUUUGUAUGACAUAGCAAUACUGCAAUAUUUCACUGUUUUUUGAAGUUGCAAAUACUGUCAAGUUGUUCUUGUAAUAAACAUUUUUCUCUGCA